CUGGGAAUGAAAGAGGAGGCUGCUGUGAACUUUUCAGCAAGAGACGAUGAAUCUCUGGAUAUGACCGUCAGACACUUCUACAGGGAGAUCAAACAAGAGGGGGAAGAUGACCCAAAUGUGCUGGCAGGUGAUGGAAGGCAGAAUGACAACAACAAGCCACUUUCGGAAACAGAAAACAGGGAGGCGUUGAAAGAAUCUGUUUCCAAACAGGGUGAGCUGAAGGGGCUUGAAGGCCAGGAAGUGGAAGAGCUGAGGAGUGACUCCACGACUAAUCUCGGGGGUGGCUUGGAGGAAACCGCCCCCCAGCAAAUAGUUGCCAAAGGGAAAAGGCCAAGCGAUCGGCUAUUCCAGAGUCUCAACAGGAACCAGAAGAGCAACACAGGAGAGGAACUCUACGAAUGCUCGGAUUGCGGGAAGGAGUUUAUCUCCCGAGCCGGCUUCAUCAUGCAUAUCAGGAUCCACGGCCGGGAGAAGCCCUACGAGUGCUCCGACUGCGGCAAACACUUCAGGCGGAGCUCACACCUCAACAGCCACAGCAAAAUCCACGCAGGCGUGAAACCCUUUAAGUGUUCGGACUGCGGGAAGGGAUUCAGCCGGAGCUCCAACCUUAUUUCUCACCAGAGGAUGCACACGGGGGAGAAGCCGUACGCCUGCUCCUCCUGCACCAAGCAGUUCUGCGACAAAUCGAGCCUGAUUCGGCACGAGCGGCUCCACACCGGCGACAAGCCCUACAAAUGCACCGAGUGCGGGAAAAGUUUCAGUCAGAGCCACCACCUCAUCACCCACCAGAGGAGCCACACGGGCGAGAAGCCGUACAAAUGUCUGCUCUGCAGCAAAAGCUUCUGCGACCGCUCGACCUACAUCCGGCACCAGAAGAACCACACGGGAGAAAAGACCUUCAAGUGCCUGGACUGCGGCGAGUGCUUCAGUCGGAACAAACACCUCGUGAGGCAUCGGAGCAUCCACACAGCCCGCGAGCUGUACACUUGUUCGGAUUGCGGGGAAAGCUUUGGCCGCCGGUCGGGGCUGAAGAUGCACCAGAAGAUCCACACCGGGGAGAAGCCGUUCGAAUGCUCCGACUGCGGGAAGAAGUUCAACCGGAGCACGAACCUGAUCAGCCACCAACGGAUCCACACUGGCGAGAGACCCUACGGAUGCCCUGACUGCGGGAAGAGAUUCAACCGUCGGACGCACCUCGUAAGCCACCAGAAAAUCCACGGGCCAAGGAAAGAAACUCUGGAAGCCCUUCCAGGAGGAGAAGAUACGUCCUCUGUGGACCUCAAGGGGGGUUAUUUGCCCCCCUCUUACAUCAUCACCACCAUCGUGUGAGAGAAAUUGAAUCCAGUGGGUUCUGAUGCAGGAACGGAGGAGACUGACUGUCCCAGAAGAAGCUGAUGGAGAGGAGAUGAGCCCAGUUCAGUGACUCAUGCAGAGAUCUUGUGGUACAAGUCAGGAGGACCUGAUUUAUUCCAUUAUGCCCGGUGCAAAAAUGUGGAAAAGUGAACCCAGACCCA